AUGUCUGGAGGAGCUCCAAGGGUGAGGUCGAUGAAUGUGGCUGAUUCUGAUCAAACAAGGCCGGUUUUGGGUCCAACUGGGAACAAGUCUGGAGCUUUUAGUGCUGGGAAACCCAAGCCAUUGCCACUGAGCAAAGUUGAAAAAUCACCGGAAGAGAAGAAACCAACAAAAGGAAUGUACAACAGCCAUUCUCCCAAAUCACACUCUCUUAGUGCAUCUUCUGUGCUCCGUCGACACGAGCAGUUGCUGCAUUCCAAUUUGUCUAUGAAUGCCUCUUGCUCGUCCGAUGCAUCCACUGAUUCAUUCCACAGUCGGGUGUCUACUGGGCGGUUGGUGCGGUCGUAUAGUACAGGGAGUAGAAGGAAGGUGGUUUCAAAGCCGAGGAGUGUUGAUUCUGAUAGUGGACUUGAGUCUCCAACUUCUCCUGGUGGAUCACAGUUCAACAAGAAGACAUGUGCUUGGGUGACACCCAAUACAGAUCCAUGCUAUGCAGCUUUCCACGACGAAGAAUGGGGAGUUCCUUUACACGACGAUAAAAAAUUGUUCGAGCUUCUUGUCCUUUCGGGGGCCUUAGCUGAACUUACUUGGCCUGCCAUUUUAAGCAACAGGCACAUCUUCAGGGAAGUCUUUGCAGAUUUUGAUCCGAUCUCCGUCUCAAAGUUCAAUGAGAAGAAGUUCAAGGCAACAGGAAGCAAAGCCACUUCCCUGCUCUCGGAACCCAAGCUACGUGCUGUCAUUGAGAAUGCUCGUCAAAUCUCCAAGGUGAUAGAAGAGUUUGGUUCCUUUGACAAAUACAUAUGGAGCUUCGUGAACAACAAGCCUAUAGUAAACCGACUCCGGUACCCAAGGCAGGUACCCGUGAAGUCCCCCAAAGCAGAUGCCAUAAGCAAGGACCUCGUGAGGCGAGGGUUCCGCAGUGUGGGGCCGACAAUCGUGUACUCUUUCAUGCAGUCGGCAGGUAUAACAAACGACCAUCUCAUCGGCUGCUUCAGAUUCCAGGAAUGUGUAAAUGUGGCAGAAGGGAAGGAAGAGAAUGGCACUAUCAAGGCUACAGUUGCAGCAGAAGGUGAUCAAGAACAAGGACAAGAUGGUGGUGAAAAAACGAACAGCGGAAACAUAGGAUCAGAGAUGUCCAUAGCCAUUGAUGACUUGAGCUUGGAGGCAUAG